AAGAAAGUACGGCACAGUGUGAAACUAACCCAACACAGCAGGCAUCGUGUGGUGCAAGGCCUCAGAGAGCACGGUGCCUCCUUACCAGCAGAUGCCUACGGAUCAAAACGACAUCUCAGGGCUGGGAAGACAGCCCAGCAGGUAAACUGCUUGCUGCACAAACAUGGGGGGGGACCUGAGUCUGGAUCCUUGGCAUCCUGUAACCCCGUGCUGGGAUGUGUGUGGGGGAUGAAGACAAGGAGAUCCUUGGAGCUCACUGGCUAGCCAGUUUAAUAAAAAAGGUGAGCUUCAGGUUUAGUGACAGAACAUGCCGUAAAAAGAAAGUAGAGAGCAAGAGAGGAAAAAUACCCAACGCCAACCACUGGCCUCUAUACGAGCACGUGCAAGCGAGAGCACCUGCACAAACAAGUGCACAUGCGUGUAUAUAUAUCGCACAUACAUCACAAAUGCACACACCACACAUACAUAUGUAUAUAUCACACAUACAUCACAAAUGCACACACCAUACAUACAUAUGCAUAUAUAUCACACAUACAUCACAAAUGCACACACCAUACAUACAUAUGCAUAUAUAUCACACAUACAUCACAAAUGCACACACCAUACAUACAUAUGCAUAUAUAUCACACAUACAUCACAAAUGCACACACCACACAUACAUAUGUAUAUAUCACAAUACAUCACAAAUGCACACACCAUACAUAUGCAUAUAUACCACACAUAUAUCACAAAUGCACACACCAUACAUACAUAUGCAUAUAUAUCACACAUACAUCACAAAUGCACACACCACACAUACAUAUGUAUAUAUCACAAUACAUCACAAAUGCACACACCAUACAUACAUAUGCAUAUAUAUCACACAUACAUCACAAAUGCACACACCACACAUACAUAUGCAUAUAUAUCACACAUACAUCACAAAUGCACACACCACACACACAUAUGUAUAUAUAUCACACAUACAUAUGAUACACACAUGCCCUGCCCAACAUAAAAAAAAAGAUGUUUUUAAGAGGUCAUCAGAAAUACCACUGUGUACUAGAUGACAGAAUUGAAAAUUACUCCAGUAUGCAGUGUAAUCUCAGAAAAGUAUAAAAUCAUUCAGGUCCUUCCUUCCUCCCUACUCCCUUCCCUCACCUUUUCUCCUCCUCUAUCUUUUCCUUUCGGUUCUAAAAACAGAGUUUGUUCCAUUCUUAUUUACGUAUUUGUGUGUGUAGACACACACCCGUGUGCACAUGCAGCAGUCUGUUCUCUCCUACCUCCAUGUGGGCCCUUGGGCACAAACUUCAGUCACCGGCUUUGGCAGCUGGCACCUUGACCCCCUGAGCCAUCUCACGGGCCCCUUAAUUUCAGUUUUUGAGACCGUGUAGCCCAAGUUGGUCUGGUACUCAAGCUAUAACCAACCCAGAGUGGUCUCAAGCUCACAGCCGUCAUCCUGCCUCGGCCUCCCACACAUUGAGAUUACAGGUGUGUGCCACUAUAACUAGCUAUAUAUUCUCUUGGAUUCAACAUCCAUUUACAAAUUUUACCUGUAUCAUCGCAGUAGUCAUUGUAGUACGCCACUAAAAUUUGCAUUUGAAAGUAUUUAACAAGACACCCUUUAACAAAGUGGCAUCUGGCAUCUACCACGAUGGCUUCCGGGGAGGGCUACUGUGAGGUCAGGACCUUGUGAUCCUGGCCCUUACACCUUGAUCCUGGCCACAUGCUGGCACAGUUUGAGAAGCCAGAAUGGAGAAACCCUGCUUGGUGUUCUGACAUCAAAGCAUGGCUCCUGAGCGGAUGGUGUAGACAAGACACAUAGCCGGGCAGGAUCCUGAGAACCCAGGCUGCCCAUCAAAUCAUCACUUCAACACAAGCCCCACAGGAGUCCCGAUGUCUGAAACUUAUUUUGAAAUCCAUGAAAAGUUGGCAAUACAAGCGGAACAAAUGUUAACCAUAGAUGGGGUAGUAGCUAUGUGGUUUCAAGAUACAAUGUUUGGAAUUUUUCUGACCACACAGGAGCUGUCAUUAUAAAUUGCUUUGAGAAAAAGCAAAUCCCGGGGCUGGAGAGAUGGCUCAGAGGUUAAGAGCACCGACUGCUCUUCCAGAGGUCCCGAGUUCAAUUCCCAGCACCCACAUGGUAGCUCACAACCAUCUGUAAUAAUGUAGUGCCCUCUUCUGUGUACAUAAUAAAUUUAUUUAAAAAAAAAAAAAAGCAAAUCCCGGCUCAUCUUGUAGUGUUCAGCAUUAAAACUCUUGUCUCAGAGGACAAACUUAGCCUGGGCAUCAGAAAGAACAAAACUUAGCAGAUGGAAGAAGCCCUGAGCAUCUCAGAGCCCACAGGGCUGCCCACUAACCUCUGUGAGCUUUGAACACUACUAGAUGGAAGGGUGUAGAGCAUGCCAGCAGAAAGGGUAACUUCAACACCUCAGAAUAUGCUAAGGUGGCUCACUGCCACAUGCAAGGCUGCCCAAGCCAGGAGCUCCUGUGUGACUGUUUCUGUUUAAAAAUGCCCAUCUCACUGAGUUGUGGUGGAGCACGCCUAUAAUCCCAGCACUCGGGAGGCAAAGACACGUGGAUCCCUGUGAGUUCAAGGCUAGCCUAGUCUACAAAGCAAGUUCCCAGACAGCCAGGACUGUUACACAGAGAAACCUGUCUUGAAAGAGGAAAAAAAAAGUGCCCAUCUCUUGCUGGUUGUGAAAGCAUACAACAGUAGGAAAAUGCUUAAAAAGAUGAGGCAGGAAGAUCAUAAGUUCGAAGCCAAUCUGUGCUAUACCUUUAAGGGCUGGGGAGAGGGUUUAAUUUGUAAGAUGCUUACUGAGCAACCAUGGGGACCUGAGUUCAAUUCCUAGCACCCAGGUAAAAAGUCAGGCAAGAUGGCAUGGUCUUGUGAUCCUACUGCUCUGAAGACAGGGAGUGACCAGGGUGGCAGCAACUGUUGGACAGACUGUUGGACAGCCAUAGCCUGAUUGGUGAGAGCCCCAGGUAUCAGUGAGAGACCCUGUCUCAAAAAUCAAGAUGACUUCCUCCUAAGGAACAACAACCCACGUUGUCUUAUGGCUUCCACAUGCAUGCAUAUGCAAACACAUCCACCCCAUACAGCUUCACACCCACCCAAAUAAAUAUAGUUUGUCUCUGAUGAGUGUUUUACUUUCAUUUCCCCAGCAGCCAGCUCAGGGUAGUACCCUGCUGCAGAAUGUUUCCAGUCGUCCUUAAAAACAAAGGGACAUGAUUCCAGGACCCCUACCAUCAGAGGGACACCCAGAGCUUAUGUGGGGCACUCAGAGUCUAAAGCAGGAAGUAUUACUCAGAUUCAUCUCGCUCCAAUGGCCGUUUUCAGUCCUGCUUGCAAAUUGAGAGCUGAAUGAACAGUAGAGGCACAAUAUCUUAUUCAACAUGAAAUCUGGGGGGUGAGCAAGUUGUUUGGGUCUUUAAAAAUGUAAGCUUCUCAGGACCAGAGAGAACCCAGCAGUUAAAAGCAUUGGAUGCUAUUCCUGGUUUGAUUCCCACACUGACGUGGUGGCCGACAACCAUCUCUAACUCCAGUCCCUGGGGAUCCAAUGGUCAUGUCUAUCUAGCAUCCAAGGGCACUGCAUUCAUGUGGCUCACAGACAUACAUGCAGGCAAAACACCCAUGCACAUAAAAAUAAAUAAAUUUCAAAAUAAGGUUCUCCUAGCUUAUAAAGAUAACAUUUGAGUUCUGAGCCCCCCAGACCAAUCUCCUCCCCCCUCACAGCACACAGCAAUUCUCACCAGCUUUCCCCUCUUAUGAUCUUUACCCUGCCCUGCCCACUUGCCCUUCAUUGGGGCCAGACUGCCUCCAUGACUCAGCAUGAGGUGACUCUGGGUCAGCAGCCCCACUUUCCCAGCUUCAGAGAACAAGGGGCCUGGAUGGUCUCCAAGUUUUUUCUCCUUCCUUCUCAAGUUUAUAAAGUCAACACAAGCUAGAAGCUAUGGCAGUAAUUACAUAGCAAAAAGGCAGCGUGAAUUCGGAACACCUCCCUGAAGAUAAAAAGCGAUCGAGUCUACUUGCCAUCCUUGCAGUCAAGCCACUGGGUCCAAACAGACACUGCAAAUGAAGUUGCCUCGAAGGCUGUCAGAGCUGCCUUUGUAAGGACAAUGAAGUGAAGCAUAUCCAUUCUCGCUCGGUUUGCAAGUCCAGCGGCUCAAGCGUACAAGGGCAGAGCUAGGGCCAGGUCAGGUUUUAGAAUUCGUGAAAAUGAGGCGAAACAGAAUGGGCUUAGCCGCUCACUGCUGUUUUCCUAAUGUCUAAGAGCAGCCAGGGGGCCAGACAGAGAAGUGCCUUUGGGGUGGCUGUCUACUGCCGGUCAGGACUGUUCCCAACACAACUGUUCUGUACACUAUGACUGCCAGGCCCCUCUUUUACAGCAGAAACGCAAUCUGCUGGGUGUUCACACCUGGUGAGAGUCACUCUCCUCACUUGGUGAAGGUGAUGAUAACAAGUAUGAACCUGGCUAUGAACCAAGCAAGAGCCAGGGUCAAGAGGUGCUGGUGACACUUAAGACACAGGACUUGGAUGACUCAAGGCUGUGUCUGACCUCAAAGCCUCUUUCCUGCACUCUAGCUUUCAUGGUUCCAGAAAAUACUAUUUAAGUGGCCAAGGGCAGGAAGCAAUUAAACAGUCCUACCCUACCUAUGAACCACAAUAAUCAGCAUGGCAAGAUAUGCAUAAAGGUGCAGUCAGUGUUACUCCCAGCUUGGUGGCAAUCAACAGCUAUCUAAUUGGACUUCAGGUCCAUUCAACAGGAGGAAAUCAUGCCUGGUACUGGAAAGCUAGCCAACUACCCAGGGCUAGAGAGAUCACCUUGGCAAAUAAUCCACUACUGCCACAUUGCUAGACCAACAUAAUCCUUUACUAUAUACUAAAUCUUAUUCUCACACCCACAGAUAAGUGUAGCCACCGCCCCUCAUGCAAGAAGCUUCUCUUUACAGAAAAUGGAGACCACCACAGAAAACCGCAGCCUGACACGAUGCAGAGAUUGUGGAGAGUCCAGCCCCAACUGAUCUUUAUAGUGCAGCUCCUGCAUCUACGGCUCUGGGAACAUCAUGGAGAAAGCGGGUGGAAAGGUUAUAAGAGUCUGCUAUGAAACAGUCUCUCCUAGAAAUGGCUGCAAUGGCAAUAUCAUUGGAUAUGUUUUCAUGGAAGGGAGAAAAUUUCACAGGGUCCCACCUCUAGGCAAAGAACUGCAGGCCACUAAUGACUGCUGGGAGAUGAAGAAUUAGCCUCUCCCUGGGGUGAGCCCUCUUACUGGCUGUUGAAUGCAAAGUGGUCAGCUCUGAAACCAUAUACACACAAUAAAAAUGGACUCGGCAGAUUCUAUUUAUAUAUAUUUGUGUAUACGUAUACAUUCAUCUAUAUAUAUAAAAUAAAGGCAAAGACAGCUGGGUGGUGGUAGCACACACCUUUAAUCCCAGCACUUGGGAGGCAGAGCCAGGUGAAUCUUUGUGAGUUUGAGUCCAGCCUGGUCUACAAAGUGAGAUCCAGGACAGGCUCCAAAGCUACACAGAGAAACCCUGUCUCGAAAAAAACCAAAAAUAAAUAAAUAAAUAAAUAAAUAAAUAAAUAAAUAAAAUAAAGGCAAAGACGCUAUCAACUUGAGGGAGGACACAGGAGGAGUUUGAGGGAGAGUAGCUAGGAGGGGUUAGGGGGAAGACAGGGCAGGAAAUGAUGUAAUUCUAUUUCAAUUAAAAACAUAUGCCGGGAGAUGCGCCCUGGCUUCGGUAGCAACCGGCUCUCCUCUGCUGUCUGAGUGGCGCCAGCACCUUAGGUCCCCAGGAGCUCACAGCAGCCGGCUGGCCUCUGCUCCACAGCAACCAUGUGUGACCAGAAGGCGGUGAUCAAAAAUGCUGACAUGUCGGAGGAGAUACAACAGGACUCAGUGGAGUGCGCUACUCAGGCGCUGGAGAAGUAUAACAUAGAGAAGGAUAUUGCGGCCCAUAUGGAGUUUGAUAAGAAGUACAACCCCACCUGGCACUGCAUUGUGGGGCGGAACUUCGGUAAUUAUGUGACACAUGAAACCAAACACUUCAUCGACUUCUGCCUGGGCCAGGUGGCCAUUCUUCUGUUCACAUCCGGUUAAAAGCAUGGAGUGUGCCAAACACCCAGUGAUCCACCCCAAAACAAGGAUUGCAUCCUACAUUCCAAAUACCAGAGACUGACUCUUCAGCCUUGCUAAGGGAACACCUCAUUUGAAUCUGUUGUGUUUUGUACAUGGUGUUACCAGUUUGUGGUUAUAAAAUAAUUAGUAAAACAGCUUACAUUUGUAUUUAUCUUCGAGUCCAUACUUCUGUACCCCGUUUUUUUCUCCCUUCCGCCAUUCCUUUAAAAAUAAACCUGUUGGAGAUGUUUAAAUCACACACACACACACACACACACACGUGUGUGUGUGUGUGUGUGUGUGUGUGUGUGUGUGUGUGUGUUUGUAUGCCGGGCAGUAGUGGUGCACACCUUUAAUCCCAGCACUUGGGAGGCAGAGGCAGGCAGAUCUCUGAGUUCAAGACCAGCUUAGUCUAUACGAGUUCCAGGAUAGGUUCCAAAGCUACACAGUAAAACCCUGUCUUGAAAAAAACCAAAAACCAAACAAACAAACAAAACAAAAAACCCCAACAACCUAAAAACCAUAUUAAAAAGAAAGAAAGAGCAGAGAGAUGCUAGUGAAAUGGCCCACCGAAAAACGCAGAGAAGAAUUAACCCGAAGGUGGGGGAGGGGGUGUCUGGUACUAGAGGGCGUGGUUUGCAGAGACCAUGUGAUCUAUGGUGGGGAGCCCUCGCAGGGGCUCUUCUGCAGGAGCUUUGGAGACUGGUGCACAGAUGCAGGAACAAAGCCGGACCGCUGCCUUCCAGGAUGGUGGGAGAGCCCUGCUGACACCUCCACACGCUCCCCCAGCCAGUGAGGAGUCCUACUCUGUAUGCCCAGCCUGCACUCAGAGAAGACAACGAGAACAGAGCCCCUGAGGUCUGUGGGAGGGACCAGGUGGUUUGGCAUUCAUCAUGGCAAGGACUGCUCAUGGUGGAUGCAGGUGCUUGCUGAGCAAAUGGCGAGAGCAGCGACUUCAGGUGACUCCCAGGAAAGCCCCCGCCCCCAUACAAAGAGCCAUCAUUCAUCAUCUUAUACAGAACCUGCUAAUAAAGUGUUCACCUGAACUAUUUCCUUCUGCUUUUCUUCCCUCCAAAGCAUCUACUGAAACCAGGAAAGAAACUAGAUUACGAGUUACAUAGAGAAGAAUCUAGAAUACAGAGGUCUGCACCAUAGUUCCUAAAAACUUCGAUCCAAAGAGUAAACAUGGUUAGGCCUUCAGGAUAGGAUCAGCUUAAUUCAGUCAGUCAAGGUUCGAAAUCGUUUUAUCAUCAGCUAAAUUCUUAUUUUCUGAGAUUCUAGGGGAAAGGGAUGGAUGUUCUUUCUCAGUCCUCAGAGGGUAGCCUCUGAGUCAGGGUGCACCCAGAAGGGAAAGGCGGUUCAGACUCCACACCCAGGCAGCCCCAGCCACACCCUGGGUUGUUACGAAUCCAGAGCCAGCAGAUAGCUUACAGGCUCAGGCCAGUGGAGCCGAUAACUGAUAUACAAGCCCCCCUGGUGUGAGCAGUCAUGUGGACUGUACAUAUCUCGCUGAUCACGUACCUGCAGUUCUUAUAUGGACCCACCAAGAUAAGGUUUUUGCAUUUGAGAACUUUGUCCUGGACCUGGUCUUCAUGGUCUGGACACAGAAGCUCUGCAAUGAAUGCUUGUACCUGUGUUUCCCACAGACUAAAUGGCUACCAUAACACGUACCUGAACACAGAGAAUACGAGAUAUAAGCCUCCUGUUUGUGUUUUUUAAUAGUCACUUUCACAAAUACAGAAACUCGGCAGAGUGCUGCUGAGGGUCUCAGUCUUAACCUGGAGGGUAUGUUAAGACAUGGCCCCCUCCCAGAGUUUCUGACUCAAUAGGGCUCCAGUGGGGCCUGUGAAUACAACUUUCAAAAGUUCCCAAGUGUGCUGAUCACUGGCCAGAGAUCACAUUUUAAAAACUGUUGUUUAGGGGGAUGGAGAGACAGCUCGGUGAUUAAGACCACUUGGCUGCUAUUCUAAAGUACCUGGGUUCAAUUCCCAGCACCCACAUGGCAGUUUACAUGCCACGUUUACAAUGGUCUGUACUUCCACUUCCAGGGGAUUCAAUGCCUUCUUCUGGCUUCCACAGGCACCAAGCACCUACAUGGUGUACAGACAUAAUGCAGGCAAAAUACCCAUACACAUGAAAAUAAAUAAAAUUCUAAAACACUGUUUUAGGGAAAAGGGAAGUUGUAGGAUGUGAUGAUUGUAUCUGAGCCACACUCCAGAGCACACCCCAGUCUUGGUGAUCCAUAUAAAGCUUCCUCCUGGACG